GCCAGCCAGCCAGCCCCGGGGAGGCAGAACAUAGGCUCUCCCUCAGGCCUCUAGCUGGGUGCUGCCCCCCACUUCGCCAGAGGGAAAGUGCUCUUGGGAGAGCCUGACAGGUGCAGGACCUCAGCCAUGCUGGCCUUCCUGUUCUGUGGCUUGCUUCUGGCGGCCCACGGCUCUGUCACCUGGACCAUGCUGGAUCCCGGGGAGUCCAGCUUCGACCUAGCAGAGAUCAAGCCUGACCUGUUUGAGAAGAUAAGCGACACUCACGCCAAAGUCCUGGAGAUCUGGCUGGGGCUGGGACGGCGGCGGGAGGUGGAUGCCACCGAGUUGCACGCGGCCUGCAGGGUGGAGCCGUCAGCCACGCUGGCAGCCGAUCAGCCUCGGGUCACCGGUCUGGUUCUCUUCCGGCAGCUAGCGCCGGGCGCCAAGCUCGAGGCCUUCUUCGAUCUGGAGGGCUUCGAUGACGAGCUGAACGUCUCCAGCCGCGCCAUCCACGUGCACGAGUUCGGGGACCUGAGCCAGGGCUGCGAGUCCACCGGGCCGCACUACAACCCGCUGGCCGUGGCGCACCCGCAGCACCCGGGGGACUUCGGCAACUUCCUGGUGCGCGAUGGGCGCCUCUGGAAGUACCGCUCCGGCUUGACUGCGUCGCUGGCGGGCCCGCACUCCAUCUUGGGCCGCGCCGUAGUGGUCCACGCUGGCGAGGAUGACCUGGGCCGCGGCGGCAACCAGGCCAGCGUGGAGAACGGCAACGCGGGGCGCCGGCUCGCCUGCUGCAUAGUGGGUGCCAGCAGCUCUGCGGCCUGGGAGCGCCAGGCCAAGGAGCACGCCGAGCGCAAAAAGCGGCGGCGGGAGAGCGAGUGCAAGACCACCUAAGCGGCACUCCCAGCCGCAGAGCCCAGCUGCUUCACGCAUAGAUGCCUCCACAGGUCCCGGACACCACCCUCUCUCCAGAGGCCUCCACACUCCUAGACAGAUGCCUUCCAGACACCACAGUCGCCUCUGCGCGCCCCACAUGCUUCCAGGCACUCCAGGCACCUCUGUGUGCUCCCUGAUGGCUUCACGGAACUCCCCAGCCACCUCUGGGCGCCCCAGAUGUUCCCAUGUGCCCUCGACACCGUUGCUGUGUGUCCCAGGACACCUUGAGUAACCCAGGAAUCUUUUCAUGCCCUAGCACUUUCACAGACCCAGGACUCCUUCGUGCCCCAGACCCACCUCAAGAGUCCCCCUGUGUCCCAAGCCUUUGAAAGAGUCUUUGAGUCUGUUUGCUGCCAGAGAACCCCUCUCCCCAGGUUGCAUGUGCUCAGACGCUCUCCUUCCACGCUGAGGACCUCGAUGGCAGCACCUGAGUACAUCCUCCUCAGUUGUGCGGAAAUCCAUUUCCUCCUGUCCAUCUUUUCCUUCCUAUCCCCCAGCAUCCGACACGAGGGACUUUUUUUCCCUUUUGUUCCUCCUAGAUGCCCAGAGACCAUCCCAACACACACACACACACACACACACACACACACACACACACACACACACACACACCCCUAGGAUUCCAUGUCCCGCAUCACCUCCUGCUGUGCCCGCGCUCGCUUUUCAGCUGUUUCCCACAUGGUGCCUGCACCCUGUGCAGAGCGGCUCCCAUGAGAGGGUACUUGGCAACCUUUGUGCCGUACAUUAAAAACACAGCAAUUCA